AUGGUAUUAUCGCUACUAGUUACUAGUCUUGGGGUCAUACUUGUGUGUGUAGAGGCAAUAAAUUACCCUGGUGGGUGGUUACCAAAUGAUCGACAGUGCGUCGAUAUUUGUACGCACGCCUCUUCCAGCCCAACCUGUCCAACGCAAGACCCAUCGUGUCUUGCUAAGAAACAGCGACCAGGAGACUAUGAUUUCCUAGUGUUAGAGCAGCUCUUUCUGCCACAAUUUUGCCGUGCUUUGCUCGCAGGGGUGGAUCUCACACUCUCUCAUCGCAAUGUAAACAAAUAUCCACGAGGUAUCGUGUGUGAUCCUUCCAAAGCAGUCAGCAAGCUCACGAUCCAUGGCCUCUGGCCCAACUACAACAACGGAUUUCCCGCUUGCUGCAACGUAAGCGACACAAUCCACAACGAGCCGCUGGACCCGCUGAGCUACGCAGUAGAGUCGGCAGAGCUACUGAGAGAGAUGAAUGAUGUAUGGGUAGACCCGACGCAGCCUUCAAGUUUCCGUACUCUGUGCGAGCUGUACAACCACGAGUUCCAGAAGCAUGGACUGUGCUACGCCGCCAACGGUAGAAAGGACUUUGAUGUCAGCGCUAGAGAAUAUUUUCGCGCAACAAUACAUGCUGCUGCUGUCUACAAGGAGGCUACCGUGACAAUAAAUCUUUGGGCGGCUGCAAGCAAUCCGAAGACAACAGUCGCUGCGAUCACUGCAUUGUACCAGACGCGAGUGCAGAUUUUGUGCUCGGCUGUUGAGUCAAUAGGAGGUGAAUCUGAAAAUAGCUUUGCUGCCAUACAUGUUUGCUUUAGCAAACCGGCUAAUGCCUCUGCUGCUCUAACCCCGAUCGACUGCAACGAUCCGUCCCCGACCGCCGUGUUUGUCCCGUGUAGUUCUGCAAUCCCUGUUACGCUCACCAAGUACAUUCCACCACCUCCAGUAGCGUUAUCAGCCGUGACUUCUGAGCUCUAUACUUUCAUGUGA